GAAUGAGACCUGCGAGCUAGUUCUGCGCCGGCCGGCACGCUUGAUGCACGCGUGUGGGACGCUCGCGUCCAACUUCUUCGUGAAUCUACGAGUUUUAAAACUUGUUUUAUAAAACAUUUUAACUUGAAAGUUAUUGAACUUUAUUUUAUUUAGUGACGAUUAACAUUAAGUUGAUGAAUAAAGUGGUUAUUUCUUGUCGUAAAUAGUGUGUUGUUUAUUUUUUUCUGUGAAACUGCAACGUGUUUGGUUCAACGGACUACGGAGGAGACGAAACGGAAAAAUGUCGUGGAUUUGAGGCGUUGACUUUUUAAAACUUUUGGUGGUUAGUGUUUGUGAUUAGAAAAACUAUGUUUGAGGUGAAUAUUCGGACUAUGGAUGCCUUAGCUGUGGUCGUGAGAUGGUCCAUUCUCAUGCUGAUCGGCGUGAGUUGGCACGUUAAUUCUCAGACAGUGCAACAGACAACUGAAGUGGACAAUUCUUAUAAUUUUUACUAUGAGCAACCUUGCUGUUCUGGAACCAUUACGAAGAGCAAAUAUCAUAUGCGACACAGGCGAGAUCAUGUACGCGAAUUCUCCUGUGGCACACUUUACUAUCGAACCUUCUUCGUGGAUUCUAAACGAGAUGCUCUUUACGUGGGAGCCAUGGAUCGACUGUAUCGGCUGAAUAUGAAUAACAUCAGCGCAUCACACUGUGAAAGAGAUUCCAUAAAUCUGGAGCCCAGCAACGUUGCGCAAUGCGUAUCCAAAGGAAAAUCAGAGCACUUUGAUUGCCGGAACCAUGUUCGUGUGAUUCAACCAAUGGGCGAUGGCUCCCGACUCUACGUGUGCGGGACCAAUGCACACAGUCCGAAAGAUUGGGUCUUAUACUCCAACUUGACGCACCUGCCGCGUCACGAGUACGUGCCGGGCAUCGGCAUGGGUGUCGCCAAGUGCCCGUAUGACCCAGCCGACAACUCCACAGCCCUGUGGGUGGAGAGGGGCAAUCCUGGUAGCCUACCUGCUUUAUACUCUGGCACUAAUGCAGAGUUCACCAAGGCGGACACCGUCAUCUUCAGAACGGAUCUCCAUAACUUGACGACGGGCAGACGUGAAUUUGCCUUCAAGAGAACUCUAAAAUACGAUUCCAAGUGGCUCGACAAACCGAAUUUCGUUGGGUCGUUCGACGUUGGGGAUUAUGUUCUAUUCUUCUUCCGUGAGACUGCCGUGGAGUACAUCAACUGUGGCAAAGCAGUCUACUCGCGAGUGGCAAGAGUUUGUAAGAAGGACACUGGUGGCAAGAACAUACUGAGUCAAAACUGGGCUACUUAUCUAAAAGCAAGACUGAAUUGCAGUAUACCUGGAGAGUUUCCUUUCUACUUCAAUGAAAUACAAAGCAUCUACAAAGUACCUGGAGACGACAGUCGGUUCUAUGGCGUCUUCACGACUGCCUCCACCGGUCUCAUGGGAUCAGCCAUCUGCACCUUUACAAUCGGAGAUAUCCAGAAAGCAUUCGAAGGGAAAUUCAAAGAACAAGCAUCUUCCAGCUCUGCGUGGCUUCCAGUUAUCAGCAGUAAGGUUCCUGAACCAAGACCUGGAACAUGUGUUAAUGAUACCGCUUCUUUGCCAGACACCGUGCUCAAUUUUAUAAGAUCGCACCCACUAAUGGACAGCGCAGUCUCCCAUGAGAACGAAAAGCCGAUAUACUACAAACGAGAUCUCUUUUUCACGAGACUAGUAGUCGAUAAAGUUAAAGUUGACAUGAUGGGACAUCCGCUGGAGUACACCGUCUACUACGCUGGCACAAAUGAAGGGAAAAUUCACAAAAUCGUGCAAUGGAACCGGAACGGUGACAGCCAAUCAGCGUUGCUUGAUAUUUUUGACGUCACUCCAGGAGAACCUAUUCAGGCAAUGGCAAUAUCUCGCAUGCACGGAUCCCUCUAUGCGGCAUCUGAUAGGCGAGUACUACAACUGCGAUUGGCAUUAUGCGCGCGACGAUACGACGCAUGCGUCAGAUGCGCACGCGAUCCAUACUGCGGUUGGGACCGUGAUGCCGGUGUCUGCAGGGAGUAUAUGCCUGGACUUAUACAGGAUGUAGCCAACGAAACCGCAGAUAUCUGCGACUCUUCUAUUGCUCGUAAGAGCGUAUCAGCGACUUGGGGCCAGAGUCUUCAUCUCGGCAGCUUCGUCAAAAUGCCAGAAGUGUUGCAGCCGAGAGCAGUCACGUGGUACCAUUACUCUAGAGAAAAGGGAAGACAUCCAAUCACAUUCAAUAAGCCUGAAAAGUACAUUGAGACGUCGGAGCAUGGUUUGCUGAUUAUUUCGGUGAACGAAGCUGAUGCAGGAAGAUACGAUUGCUGGUUGGGAGGAUCUCUGCUAUGCUCCUACAAUAUCACUGUAGAUACUCAUAGGUGUUCUCCCCCAGAAAAGAGCAAUGAGUACCAGAAAAUUUAUUCGAAUUGGUGUCAUGAAUUCGAAAAAUAUAAAACCGCAAUGAAAACUUGGGAACGAAAGCAAGAGCAAUGCUCAAGACAAAAUGACUCGAAUCAGAACACACAUCCAAACGAAAUCGUGUGAUAGCUUCUGAACAUCGCCUAUCUCAUGUUUCAGUCUGUUAAUUAUUAUGCAGGAGCUAUACCGAUACCUUACGUCUCGGCUGGCCUGAAGUACUUCAAUAUAUUCUCGUGAGGAAAUCCGUCAAUAUCAUCCGCUCCAUUACGAUCUCAUAGUGUCUCCAUAGUUGUGUACGUCGAGCUCAAGACUUAGUGCAUUCGACCGUACGUGACUCCCUAUAGCUUUUAUAAAGACGUAUUGAAAGUGUAGUGAAACUGACUAAAUUAUCGCAAUAGUGCAUCGUUCCAAACACUCGGCGGGAACAUGAAUAGGUGAUUAUUGGACACUCGAAAUUUUUACGAACAUUUUUAUUAAUGAAAAUUUAAAGGAACGAAUAUAAAGAGCGUUGUGCGUUGCAUUGUUGGUAAAUGGAAUGUAAAAUAUUUAGUAAUCGAAAUUAUAAGUACGCUUUGUUCGUUGGCUAAGUGAUAGAACAAUUGUUAGAAUUAUGGGAUGGUAAUACUUUGAAUGUUUGUAGAUUUUAUUUAAAUUCUGUUUAGAUUUUAAUUUUGCAUCAAUUAUUGUAUUUUGAAUCCUGUAUGUUUAUUUAAAUGUGAAGCGAACAAAUAAUUAUUCUUGAUGUUAAAAGUUUUGUAAAUUGAUCAAUAAUGAUUAUUUGUUGUAAGCUACCGACUCGAAUACAAAGAUUGCCGUGUGUUGGUAUACCGCGGUCGUAAUUUGAAAUCUCCGAGGGUUGUGGGAGGGUUCGCCUCAUUAUUUUUCCCCUGUUUGUGUAAAUAGUUACCUAAUUUCGUUUGACUGUAUCUAUUAUAAGUGUACGUAUAGUAUGCACGUCCCUAAUGGUAAUGAGUAUAAUUUAAGCCUGUGAUAUAUAAGAAACUCGUUUAGGAAAAAUAUUUUUAAGUAUUGAUCGUGGACUUACUAAGACUAAAAUUGUCACUGAUUAAUAUAGCUGCAACAUUUAUUUUUUGUAAAAACACAAAUAGAUCUAUAGUAUGUGUUUACUAAACAUAUUUUAAUUAGCCGUAUCUUACAAAGUUGUGAAACUAUGUAUUCUGAUACCUACUUGUAUAUCUGCACAACCUAAUAUCUCAUUUAUGAUCACAGCAAUAUAUUAGAAAGUAAUACAUCGACUACUAAAACUCUCAUAAAACUGACUAAAUACUCUUUUAAAAUAAAAUAAAUAUUUAAUUUUAAAAACCAAAAGAGUAAAGAUACUUUUACUUCUAAAAAAUAAAUCAAUCUGAAAUGUUUAAACCAAUCUCUGUACACAAAUAAUUGAAAUGCUAAAAAUACAACAGUUUUAUGAGAGUUAAAAAUGUAAUUUAAACUUUAUAAGUAAAUAUAUAGAACACAAAGUAGAACAUUUAAGACAUUUUAGAAAAGUAUCUCUGAAUAUUUUUGUACAAAACUUCUGUAUAACCCAUUUUAGCUCACUUUUCAAGUAUCGACUAGUACCUAAUCAAUUUAUUCGAUUCCAUAUCAUACAAUUGUACCUAAGAGCUUGUACAUAUAUUCAUUAUCGCACCAAAAUAUUUACAUUCGCAGCGGUCAAAUAUAAAAAGUAUCAAAAUUAUAUGAGUCCUCUAUAUAUUUUUUCUAAACAUUUUUUCGAGUAACGCCAUUUAAUAUCCGCUGCCAGAAUUUUGUAAAAUACUAAGUUUAAUUUAUUAUAGCACUUAUGCAUCUGAAUUUAGAGUACUAUUUAUUUCUUCAAUAGAACGUUUUAAUAGUAUAUUGACUAGAAUUACUUUUUAAAACAAUUUUAUCAACAAUACUGUAGCAUACAUCGUUACUUCAAAUUAUGUGUUUGUCAUCUCUUUACAUAAAUUGUACUUAAGGGUAUUAAUUUAAUUCUAUUGCUCAUUAUGGUACCUAUCUAGAUAUUAAAAUAAAUUUCAUUUUGUUGUAUGUAUUGUAGAAAAGUGAUAAAAUUAUUGUGACCGUUAUUACAAUGAGCCCUUCGCUAUAACUGCUAAAGUAGUAAUAAAGUAUAGCCUAAUAGGUGCUUAUAAGCUUUCGUUUUGCAAAUAUUAUAUAAAAGUAUUUUUCAGACUUCUCUCAUAUCAUAAUGUACAUACAUAAAUCGAAAUAGAUUAUAAAUUCGUAAGAAAUAUCUGAGCUUCGUCGUUUAUUGUAUUAGUUAAGACUCAGUACUUAAGUAUUCUAGUGAAUAAACUAAGGAUUUCCCUCCUCUUGGGAAUAUCUUGCGCAAUAAUUAUAACUAAUUACUAUUAUCUAUACUUAUGUAAUAGCUCUGUAAAUUUCACAUGUUACUAAACUAAGUUAAAAAAUUCAAAAUGUAGCGUUAAGAUUUUAUAUAAUAAAUCUAUGAAAUGUA